AUGCUGGUUUAUCCAGACAGAAAGGCACAGAACCCAUUCUUAGAACACCCAAAUGACAUCACCAAUUUGAAUGUGCAAGAGGAACUUCUUCGUUUCCCACAAAGCAGUCAUCAAGUAAACCGGCCGUUGACGAUGAAGAAAGAAGGCAUCCAGACGAGAAAUCGCAAGCUAAGCAGUAAGAGCAAAAAGAAGAAAGGAGGAAUGGGAAUGGGGGGAGGCGGGGCGUGUGCCCUCGCUUUGGGGGGCGUCAUGGGAGACAUGAUCAAACCUUUAGGAGACGGUUCGAAAGGUUUUGGCGGGUCAUUUCCAUCAGCUAUGGACUUUGGUCAGCACCAAGUAGGCUUAGUGCAUCCAGCGGCGGCUCACAUGUCCCACUGGUAUGGGGCGCCGCACCAGGGUUUUGCCCCACCACCUGCCUCUCAUAACCCCUACCAUCACCACCACCUUGCGCAGCUUAAUUCAAUGACUGGCUGGAGGAGUGAGUAUACGUGA